UAAAGUUUUCCAAGUCUUCUUUGGCUGUCUGCUUCUCAUUCAAACCGCCCAUUUCUCUCUCUCUUGUAAACAAACAACAUAAGAUAAAACCACUCUUCUUCCAUCUACUUCUUCUUCUUCUUCUUAUUCUCUCUCUCUCUCUCUCUCUCUAAACAGCUUGGAUUCCACCCCUUUCAUUUUCUGAAAAUCUUGUUAAUUACAUUAAUCACUUCUGUCUCUGUUCAUCCGCUGUAUAUACAUAUACACAGUAACUGAGGUGUCUGGAAACCAUGGCUGCAAACAGAUUUGCGACCAUGUUGCACAGGAACACCAACAAGAUUACGCUUAUUCUCAUCUACGCAGUUCUUGAAUGGGUUUUGAUAGUCUUACUCCUGUUGAAUUCCCUGUUUUCCUACCUGAUCAUCAAGUUUGCUGAGUUUUUUGGGCUUAAGCCUCCGUGUCUGUGGUGUACUAGGAUUGAUCAUGUCUUUGAUCCUGCUAAAGGGGGCAAGAACAUGCACAGAGAUCUUCUUUGUGAAGUUCACGCCAAGGAGGUGUCCAGAUUGGUGUACUGUGCGGAUCAUCACAAGUUGGUUGAAUCUCAAGACAUGUGUGAGGAUUGCUUGUCCUCAAGGCCGGAGUUUGAGGGAUUGUCCAAGGAUUUUGCUUUGUUUCCGUGGGUUAAAGGGUUUCGAAAGAUUCGGAAUGAUGAAGAGAAGGUAGGUGAGAAUGGUGAGGUAAGUGUGAGCUGUUCUUGUUGUGGGGUAAGUUUGGAAAAUAAUAAAUAUUCAUCUUAUCUGUUGCUGAAAACAUCAUCUUGGGAUGAUUUGGAAUGUGCCCAGAAAGAAAAUUUUAUUACUGAGGCUGGAGAUUGUGAUGAUAAUCAUCAUACUCAAGAAGGGUGUGUUUCUGAUGAGAAGGUGUCAGAUUUUGCUGUUGGUUCCUGUGAUGAUGAAAAGGUCUUGGAGGAGAAGAAUGAAUAUCUGAUGCUUUCUGAAUUUGAUGGAAAUUUGGGAGCAACAGAGGAGGAAACAAGAGAGAAUGUUUGUGAUGCUGUGACUGUAGAUGAGUUGAAAGAGUUGGAAGGGGGAGAAGAUGAGAAGGUGGAUGUGGUUUUGGAAGCAGAGGAAACUUUGAAGGAGGAGAACUCAACUGUGAUCAUGAAAGAUAAGUCUGUACAAGUCUAUGUUGAAGAAGAUGCUCCUCUUGAAAUCCCCCCUCAGCAUCUGGAAUUCUUUCUGGACUAUAGUGGUAAUAGGUUGGUUCCGGUUGAAUUGGUCGAUUCGGUAACGGAAGAGCACAAGAUCGAGGAGAAUGUUGAAGUUGAAGCUGAUGAUAAGGACAAGGACCGAGCAUUUAGUCCUGAUUUUGAAGUUCGGGUCGAGGAGAAAGAGGAACUGGUGGUGGAGAGUGGAAGAAGAACAGAGAAAGUGGACACAUUUCUUGAUGUUGAUAUCAAUGAGGAACCUAAAUAUGCAAUGCUUGAAUCCAUGGAAAUAGAAGAGGAUGAAAAUUCUCUGGUUUUUCAUCCUAGAGACUGUCAUUUGGUGACAGGGGAGUUUGAAAAAUUUCAAGCUUUUCCGCUGGCCCGGUGGCCUUCUCAAGAGGCAGGCGAUGUUCAAGAACUCGGCGGAGCAUCAAGGGAAAAGCAUUCUGAUGUUCAUACAGACAAUGUAGCAUGUGAAGAAGUAGCUCAGGCAAACAAUGAAAAUGAAGCUGAUGUCUCAAUUGGAACAGAAAUUCCUGAUUUAGAUAUAACAGAUGAAAUACAAAUUCAAGAUUCUGUUCCUUCAUAUGAAGACAUUCGUGAAGAUCCUUCGACGAGUUGUGCCGAUCUUUACGAAGCAGAUGAUCAUGGUCCUGUGCAAGUUGAGGAACAGACGGUGGAAUUACAAUCCUUAUCAGUUCAGGAUAAGGAAAAUACGAUGAACAAUCAAGCAUCAUUUCACUUGGAGCUAAAUGAGAUUGAAGAAGAUAAGGUUCCUGAUACACCAACAUCUGUUGACAGUCUCAAUCAGUUGCACAAGAAAUUGCUAUUGCUUGAGAAAAGGGAUUCCGCGACAGAAGAGUCUCUGGACGGAAGUAUAACGAGCGAGUUGGAAGGCGGUGAUGGAGUUGUUACUAUUGAGCACUUGAAAUCUGCACUAAGAGCCGAACGAAAGGCCUUGCAGGUACUCUAUGCCGAGUUAGAAGAAGAACGAAGUGCUUCUGCUGUAGCAGCAAGUCAAACGAUGGCAAUGAUAAACAGACUCCAAGAAGAAAAGGCGGCAAUGCAGAUGGAAGCUCGACAGUAUCAGAGAAUGAUGGAGGAACAGUCGGAAUAUGAUCAAGAAGCUCUGCAGCUUCUGAACGAACUUAUGGUGAAGAGGGAGAAGGAAAAGCAAGAGCUGGAGAAAGAGUUGGAUUCAUACAGGAAGAAGCUUUUGGAUUAUGAAACAAAAGAAAAGAUGAGGCUGUUGAGGAAAAGCAAAGACGGAAGUAGUAGAAGUGGAUUUUCGUCUGCUUCUUGUAGCAAUGCUGAGGACAGUGAUGGAUUGUCGAUCGAUCUAAAUCAAGAAGCAAAAGAAGAAGAGGGGUUUUAUAGCCAUCAGGAGUAUGGAAACCAGAACACUCCUGUCGAAGCAGUUGUCAACUUGGAAGAAUCUUUAGCUGACUUUGAGGAAGAGAGGCUGUCCAUUCUUGAGCAGCUUAAGGUCCUAGAAGAAAAACUUUUGACACUGGAUGAUGACAAGGAACAACAUUUCGAGGAUGUUGAAGCAACGGACAUUUUCCACGAAGAAAACGGAAACCAUUUAGAUGAAAAUGUUCAUUUCCAUGGUGAAGCAAAUGGGCAUGCAAAUGGUUUUCUUAAAGAAAUGACGAAUGGGAAGAAUCACAAACAGAGGAGAACCGCUGGCCAGAAGGGAAAAUCUCUUCUUCCUCUCUUCGACGCGAUUUGUGAUGAAAAUGGAGAUGCAAUGCCAAAUGGAAAUGAAAACGGAUUCGGUUCCAAUGGAGUGCACGACUCUUAUGAGUCAAAGUUUGAAACAGAAAACAAGAAGCUCGCCAUUGAAGAGGAAGUCGAUCAUCUUUACGAAAGGUUACAAGCUCUUGAGGCCGAUCGAGAGUUCCUUAAGCAUUGCAUCAGCUCCCUAAAGAAAGGCGACAAGGGAAUGGAUCUUCUUCAAGAGAUCCUACAACAUCUCCGUGAUCUUCGCAACGUUGAGCUCCGAGUGAGAAACUUGAGUGACAGUCCCAUAAUAUGACUAGCAAGAAAAGAUUAUUGAUUUCAUUUUCAAAGGUCAUUCACUGCUACACACUGCAAAUACAAGACGACUGAUAUGGAUCGAACGAACAAAGUAGCAGUGAAAAUCUGUUGGAAGUCCCUUAAUAUGGAGAGUGGGGUGGCACCCUCCUAAAAUGGUCUUAUUUUGUGGUAAUCUUGGAAGACAAGAAGUUGAGUUCUGCUUAACUCUUUUUGCCUUUAUUUCCUGGUCAUUUGGUCAUAGUAGACCCAAAUUUUUGUGGGUAUAUAUGUGUCCAUCUACCCCCUUUUGAGGAAAAUGGGGGAUGAUGAAUGUAUGUGUGUGUAGUGUAGUAAGCAGAAGUAGCAUUUAGGACUAGCAAUUCUUUUUCUUUUUCUUGUUCUUUUUAUUUUUAAUUUUCAAGGGUAAAGAAAAAGAGGGGUAAAUAACUCCCUUUUUCCGUGUCCUCAUCUUUGCAUCAGCAUCUUCAGAAACAUAUGAGAGUUUGUUUAUUUAUUUGGAAAGGCUAAGGUGGUCUAGUUGUACACUACAUGUAUCCAUCCAUCUGUAAGUAUAUAUAUUUAAAAAAAAAGUUGAGAGUGUUUGUAUA